CGCCCCCCGCCCCGCGGAACCCGCGUGCGCGGCGCGGGGAGCCGGCCGGGCGGGCAGAGCGGCGGCACCAUGAGCACCAAGCAGGUGACGUGCAGGUACUUCCUGCAGGGAGUGUGUCGGGAGGGGAGCAAGUGCCUGUUCUCGCACGACCUGUCCACCAGCAAGUCCUCCACCAUCUGCAAGUACUACCAGCGGGGGCAGUGCGCCUACGGCUCCCGCUGCAGGUAUGACCACGUGAAGCUCCCGGCCCCGGGCGGGGCCGCGGCCCCGGCUCCCCCCACCGCCCCCCCGAGCCCACGGCAGCCCCCGGAGCGCGGCCCCCGCAGCAGGAGGGAGAAGAGGACGCUGGUGCUCCGGGACAGGAAUCUGUGCGGCUCAGGAGAGGAGAAGCCGCCGCCAGGCGCCCCCGGGGACGGGGGGAGCUGCAGCGAUGUCGCAGAGAGCCCGGAGGGGAAGCCCCACUCGUACCUGGAGGCCAUCUGCAGCGGGCUGGAGGAGCCCCCGGCGCCCUGUGGGGCCGGGGAGCAGCUGUGCCCCUACUCGGCCCGCGGGCCCUGCCCCGCCGGGGAGCGCUGCCCGUACCUGCACGGGGACCUGUGCGACAUCUGCGGCCUCGCCCUGCUGCACCCGCACGACCCCGAGCAGAGGAGGGCACACGAGAUGAUGUGCAUGGCCACGUUUGAGCACGACAUGGAGAAGGCCUUUGCCUUCCAGGCCAGCCAGGACAAGGUGUGUUCCAUCUGCAUGGAGGUGGUGUACGAGAAACCAUCGGCCUCGGAGAGGAGGUUUGGGAUCCUGUCCAACUGCACCCACACCUACUGCCUGUCCUGCAUCCGCCAGUGGAGAUGUGCCAAGCAGUUCGAGAACCCCAUCAUCAAGUCGUGCCCCGAGUGCCGAGUGAUCUCCGAGUUCGUCAUCCCCAGUGUGUACUGGGUGGAGGAGCAGGAGAAGAAGAAUGAGCUGAUUGAAGCCUUUAAGCAGGGAGUGGGGAAAAAGCCCUGCAAGUACUUUGAGCAGGGGAAGGGGACGUGUCCCUUUGGCGGGAAGUGCCUGUACCUGCACGCGUACCCUGACGGCACCCGCGCCGAGCCCGAGAAACCCCGCAAGCAGCUGAGCUCCGAGGGCACUGUGCGGUUCUUCAACUCGGUGCGGCUCUGGGACUUCAUCGAGGACCGGGAGAGCCGGGCGGCGCCGGGCACGGACCAGGUCACCGAGCUGGGGGAGCUGUUCAUGCACCUCUCGGGGGCUGAGGAGGACCCUGCUGCUGCCCCGUGAGCACAGCACAGCCCCCACCCCCAGCACUGCAGCUAUUUAUGAGCCUGGCUUUUACUCUCUGCAGCACAGGUAGAACAAACGUGCCCUGUGGUUUACUGUGCAGUCCCGGUGAAGUUUUCGGAUAGUUUUUGUAUGGCAACAAAAAUACUAAAAUAUAUUUAAAAAAAUAAAUUGACUGCAUGGGAAAAAAAAAAUCCCUUAAUCCCCAGAGGGUUUUCUCCCCCUCUGGCCUAACAUAUGCUGUCUUGUGAGCUGAGUGGUAGUGUAAAUACAGUGCCAGGUAAAGCUUAAGCUGGUAAAAAUGUU